AGUACACAAAAGACCCGCUCCGUGUUCAAAAUUUAGAAACUCUCGGAUAAUACACUCAAAUGUUGCAGUGUAUCUAGGGUUCCGAUUUUAGGGCAUAAGAUUCCUCAAAGUCCUCUUUAUCUCUCUCUACAUCACAAGGGUUAUUGGGUGGAACUGACAGAAUGGAGGAAGAGAGUUUAACAAAUGGUGGUAGUAUGGAGUCAAAUUGUAAGGCAGUGAAUGGGUUUACAGUUGUAGUUCAAAAUGGUGGUGGAGAUGGAAAUUUUGCGGGGUCGUCAGUCAAGGAUUUUCGGACUUACAAGCGGCGAAAGCAUACAAAGAUGAGUAGUUCUAAGACCCAAUUGAUUCAGGAUGGGAAGGUUUCUAUUGAUUCAAGUGGUCAAUGUCCAGAUAAGAACACAGAACCAUCGGAAAUGGUCUUAAACAGCACUUCUUGCCAGCAAGUUAGUCUUGCUCGGAGGAGUUCACGUGCUUUUAUGAAUGGUUCAAAAGAUUCUUCCCUCAAGCAGUGGAGAAACAUUGUUUUGGAGCAGAUGUGUCAGCAAAUAAGUGGGAGUGAAGGCGGUUUACAGGAAUGCAUUAGAGAUGCUCUUAUUUUUCAUCCAGAAAACGGCUGCACGAAUGCAGAUAAGGAAUCUGUUCAUUCCCAUGAAGGGAGGCAGCAAUGCUCUUCACACAGAGGGUCGAUGCCUAAUGGAACCCGGAAUGCUGCUAAAGGGAAUUUGGUUGUAAUGUCCAAUGGAGCUUUAAAUGAACCAAAUCAUUGCACGAUUACUGAGCUGGUUCAACAGAAUUUUCUUGAUGUUGUAACAUCGGAAAAGUUUUCUCAGCUGUGUAAAAUACUCUUGGAAAAUUUUCAAGGAAUGAAACUUGACAGCUUUUUUGACAUUAGACUUAUAAACUCAAGGUUUAAAGAGGGAUCAUAUGAGAGAUAUCCCAUGCUUUAUCAUGCAGAUAUUCAAAAGGUAUGGUCAAAGCUUCAAAAGGUUGGCACUGAAAUGGUUGCUCUUGCAAAGAGCCUUUCGGACAAAUCAAGGACUUCUUAUUGCGAACAGGAUUCUGAUAUGCAUGCUAAAGUGGAGCAAACGGAAGCCUGUGGCAUGUAUGGAGUCUGUACUUGCUGCCAAUGUGGAGAGAAGGCUGAUGGAAGACACUGUCUAGUUUGUGAUUCGUGUGAGGAGAUGUAUCAUGUCUCUUGUAUCGAGCCUGCUGUUGAAGAAAUUCCCCUAAAAAGUUGGUACUGUUCCAACUGCACUGCAAAGGGAAUUGAAUCGCCGCCCCAUGAGAAUUGUUCUGUGUGCGAGAGGUUAGCUGCCCCCAGAUCAUCAAUCAAUGGAGAUGGAGUGGAUGAAGAUCUUACAACUGAAGAAGCACUUUCAGAAGAUGGGCUUCAACCAUCCAAAGGGCGCCAUAUUAUGUCCCCUUGCAAUGUCUGUAGAUGUAAGGUAGAAAAUGGUGAAAAGUUCAGAGUUUGUGGCCAUUUGUUUUGCUCUCAUAAAUACUACCACAUUAGGUGCCUGACAAGUAAACAGUUGAAAUCAUAUGGCCCCCGUUGGUAUUGCCCUUCUUGUCUUUGCAGAGCUUGCCUCACUGAUCAAGAUGAUGAUAAGAUUGUGUUGUGCGACUGCUGUGAUCAUGCAUACCACAUUUAUUGUAUGCAACCACCUCGCUCUUCAAUUCCCAGGGGAAAAUGGUUUUGCAGAAAAUGUGAUGCAGGAAUGCAGCACAUACGCAAUGCAAAAAGGGCAUACGAGAAUAUGCAAAACAAUUUGCAAAGGAGAGCUGAAGGUGGAAAAGGAUCAUUUGAGAAUCUUAGAAACGAACAGAAAGAGAAUGGAGAAGAGGCGUUUGAUAAAUCUGGAGGAGUGGACAUGCUUCUAAAUGCAGCCAAAACUCUGAACUACGAGGAGAGUAUGGCUGCUAUGCAGAUGAAGAGGUGA